AUGAAGAUUGUGCUUGCUUUCUUUUGUCCAAUUUGGAUUUCCCCUUUAGAGAAUGCUUAUUCUUGGGUUUUUGGGUGGAAAUCUUCAAUAGUGCUUAAACUGGUUAACUCAAUAAGGACAAAUGGUGUUCCCAGUUCGGGUCCAGUUGAAUUGACACAAGAACAAAUGAGAAAGGUUGAGGCUUUGCGGGUGAAAAUAAGGUUAGAAGAGGAGAAGGUGGAGAGGGAAACAGAGAGGCAACAAGUGGCUGUAGCAGACAAGAAGAUGGCGGAGUUGGUAAGGUUGGUGGUUCGAGUGAAAAAUGGGGAGCAAGUGAGGCAGGUGGAGGGACUGGUGUAG